GGUGAGCGCUGGUUGCGAGGCCGGGGUUGGGGGAGUCCCCCCCGCCGUGGACGGGAGGGGCUCUGCCUUCCUGCGGCGCCGAGGAAGAAGGGGCCGAGCCACCCUGCUCCCCGCCCCAGGAGGGGGUGAGAGCCGCCCUGCUCAGUGCUGGGGGCUUGGCGGGGCAGAGGCUGAGGUGCUCGGGCCGACCCCUCGCCGCCGGCCGCCGUCUAUGAGGCACUAGCGAGCCCUCCCUCCAGCGCCGGGAGGCGGCAGAGCCCCGGCGGGCACAGCCGGACCGGGCCGGGGGGGCCGUGGGGCGGGUGGCACCCCCCUUCUCUCUUCCUCCUCCUCCUCUUCCUCCUCCUCCUCCUCCUCUUAACUUGGCCACGGCGGCGCGGGGCGGUGCGCUUCGCCCUGCGCCGGCGACGGGGGAUGUGCGGGCGGCGGCGGGAUGGCUUCGGCCGUGUUUGAGGGCACCUCGCUGGUGAACAUGUACGUGCGGGGCUGCUGGGUGAACGGGAUCCGGCGGCUCAUCAUCAGCCGGCGGGGCGACGAGGAGGAGUUCUACGAGAUCCGCACCGAGUGGUCGGACCGCAACAUCCUCUACCUGCACCGCAGCUACUCUGAUCUCGGCCGCCUCUUUAAGCGGCUCCUCGACUCCUUCCCUGAGGACCGGCCCGAGCUGUCCCGCUCCCCUUUGCUCCAAGGGCUCAUCACAAUAAAAGAAGCCCAUGAUAUAGAAGCCAGACUUAAUGAAGUGGAAAAGCUUCUGAAGACUAUUAUAAACAUGCCCUGGAAGUAUUCAAGGUCUGAAGUUGUCCUCACAUUCUUUGAGAGAUCUCCUUUGGACCAAGUUCUGAAAAAUGACAAUGUCCAUAAAAUUCAGCCAAAUUUUCAAAGUCCAGUUAAAAUAUCAGAAAUCAUGCGAUCAAAUGGAUUUUGUUUAGCCAACACUGAAACAAUAGUCAUUGACCACAGUAUACCUAAUGGAAAAGAGAAGCACCUGGAUGUAGAUUCAGCAGAACAUUUGUUCGAAAGUGUUAGUGACUUUACCUCAGAGCUAGAAGACAGUGAUGAUCCAACAGCUUAUGUCACCAAUUUGACAUACUACCACCUGGUUCCAUUUGAGACUGACAUUCUGGACUGAGACUGCUCAAGGAUGCAGUCAGCCAGCAUCCAGCCAACCUCUUCAUCUAUAGGCUCUGCUAUCUCUGGCAUUGCAACUCUGUGAAUAAGGCUGUGCAGACAAGACCAACAGCAGAGAAGCUGCAGCAAGUACACCACAAAGCUGAUUUUGUAGUGUGGUCCUCCGUUGUGUAUUAUGGAGACAUCUUGUAAGGAGGUUACUGCUUGGCUGUUGACAACAAACUCGUUUUCUGUGAAAGCAAAGCAGCAGAGGCCUCUUGGGGCUCAAGGAAAUCUCUACCAUGUCUGUGGGAACUGCCACUCUGAUGCAGCCAUCAGAAACUUGUGCUGUGGUACUCUGUCAGCCGUGCUCCUCGGCUUGCAGUGCAAUUUGAGGCUUCCUCUUUUAGGAUACCAGCAGAAACUUCCCCAGAUGGCGUGACCACGCUUUUUAUGAUGUGCAAGCAAGAAGACAAGCAAACCAGCUGAACUUUGUCAGUUCCCUCUGUGGUUGCUUAAUGGAGGUCUUGUGGGUCGCUUUUUGCUCAGCUACUGGUUGAUUGGUGCCUUACACGAGAUGUCAGAAAUACCAUUGAGUGCCUCCAGGAAACAGAACACAUGAGCUGAUGGCUUUACUUCUUUUAAUCAUGGGCUUUUAUAUAAUCACUGAAAAGGUGACUGCUCUUUCCUGGAAUAGUAAAGCAGGCAGCAGCUGGCAUUGCAAUGGACUGUGCAUGAUGUUUGGGUACCCAUACAAUUUCAGAACUCUGGAAAACUGAUGGGAAAGCUAAGCUGCUCUGCUAAGAAGGGUCAAGGCUAUGGCAGGCACUUUGAUACAACUUUUUUUUUUUUAUGUGGACCAGAAUAUGUGAACGGUGCUUACAGUUGUUUACAUCAGAGAAAUAAUUCCCUAUGCAUAUUUCUUCCCAGGGUUGGGAAGGAAGACAAAAAGAUUUAUGUUGUAUUUGGACUGAAAAAGCCUGAUAAGCUGUAUUGUGUCUACAGUGGUAGGAAAAACACUUGUUCCACUGCCAACCAGUCUCAAGGAGUCUGUCUAGCUUUCCAAGAUCUGCCUGGAGGGGUCGUGUAAUGCCAUGGAUUUCAGCAGAGAUAGGACAGUGGGAGCAAGAGUGGGAUUGGACUCUGCAGCCUCUUGACUAGUGUGAUGUUAAAGUCUCCUCAGAGUCUUUCUCUAGCAGAGCACUCCGAAGUCCUUGCUCUCACUACGAGUGCUCAACACUUGCCAACAUGACCUUUCAUUGAGCUUUUUGCAAACUGUUUGCAAAUCUGAAUUUGAAGGGAUUGAAAUGGGAAGGGAUGCGUUUUGGAUGGGUUUCUUGGAAAAGAGGCUUGCUUGGUCCCGAAAAAACUGAUACAACUCCCUUCUGCAGACUUUUCAUUUCUAUCUAUAGAAUAACAGUCAAACAGAAUUUGUUAAUGUAAAUAAUAAAUUAUUGAGGAUCCUAAUUCUUUUACACAGUAUGUUUUUAAAAUAUAUUUUAAUGAAAUAAAAUAAAACUCACCUUCAGUACACUUCUACUGCUUAAAA